CUUCCCUCGAAACUCUGCUUUUUAACCACCAUCAAACUCAGGGAAAUGGGAAUUCAUCUUUUGAGGCAUAACGUUUUCAUCUUUCUCCUGGUCAGGGAAUUGCAUUCUGUUCAUGUGUGCAGACACAAUCAACAUGCAUUAGAGACCCCAAAUGGUAGCUUCGUUUGUUUGGAUUGCUUAAAAUGCCCCCCAGGGUUGGGUAUUACGAUUCCAUGCGGUAACAAGAUACCAUACAGUGCCUCUGUUGAAUGCCGGACUUGUAACCCAGGUUAUUAUUCUGAUUCCCACUCCUCUGAGAGCUGUAAGCCCUGUGUAACUUGUGGUCCAAAUGAAAUCAUGGUAACAGCCUGUACUGAAACCUCAGAUACUCGUUGUAGAUGCAAGCCUUGCCCAGAGGGGUAUUACCAAAACCAAACCUUGUCCAAAUGCUUUCCUUGCUCAGGAUGUUGCCCAGGUGAUUUGGAUGUAAUUGUUCCACAGUGUCUCAAGCAAGGAAUGCCUCGCGCGCAAGCAUGUAGGUAUCGUAAGAAAAAACCUUGUUCGGCAAAGUGCUGGUACGAUGAGAUUACAGUUGUGAAGAAUGAUGGCGAACAGAUCUGUUUACCCUGUCCUCUUUGUUCAGACGAAUUUGGUCUUACCAAACCAUGCGGAAGUGUUGUAACUGAUGGCGCAAUACCUAAGUGUGAACUUCCAAUUGUAGGGAAAAAAUUUGUGAAUCAACAUGGUAUUUUGCAGUCUUGUACAAAUUGUGCAUUAGGCCAAAACACUGUUGAAAACUGCUCUACCAAAUCUGAUACCAUAUGCGGUGAGUGCAAAUUAGGUUUUUAUCUUAAUGCCCAGUCAAAUACGUGUGAAGAGUGCUUCUGGUGUUGUAGGCAUAGUGAUAGCAAGAGUUUUAUUGACUGUAUCAAAGAGGCAAGGACGUUUGCAGAGACUUUCAGUGGGCUUGGACUUCACCUUUUUUAUUCACCCUUUGUUCUGAAUAGACAGUCUGGUAAGUUGCACACUGAACAACAUGGAGGCUCUCUGGUGGAAUAUGUCAAACUUGAUACUUUCACAGCCACUUUAAUUGGCCUAGGCUUUGCCCUGGUUUUGUUUCACAUUACAAAAAGAAGGCCAAUGUUGGACAGUGAGCAUCAAUGCCCAUUUCUCAACAAACUUGAAACAAAACGUGGUUUGCCAAUGGGAAAGAAGGACCUUCCUGAAAGUGCAGAAACUACUCAAUCCACACCUUCAGGUAGUAAGAGAGUGGAGUGGGAGUAUCCAAAACGACAUGGCCAAGGUCAUGUGGUGUUUGAAAAGACAGGGGUUGAGGCUGUUGUUCUUGACAGUAGUAAGUCUACCCUGAAACACGUGCCAAGUGAUUUGGUGUUGCAUGCUACAUCAGAUGAGCUAGGUUUACCUGGAUUACUUGAGGAUGAUGAAUUUCCACUCAGUCCAGCAAUUCAACUUACCUGUAUCUCAAAGAGUAAGUUGACAGGACCCCUUGAGCUUCAGAUACCGCAUGGCGCAAACAUGGUGCUAUCUUCUAAUAAAUGGAAAGUCGUUUUGAAGGAGUUGAAAAACGGCAAAUGGGUAGUUUUAAGUUAUGUGAAGGGUAGUGGAAUUGAAGAAUUCCUCCCCAAAAGCAAUCAUGUUAGCUUUGAGACAGAUCAUUUUGCAACAUUUGCAGUGGUUGGACACUGCAAAGAACAGUCCUUACCAGUAUUCAAAAGAAUGAAGGUCAUGGCAUUCUGUAGUGACACCAGAGUUGGAGAAGACCUUGUUGUGAGGCUGUAUUGCUUUGAUGAUUGUGAGUGGUCAUUUGAGAAUCUUUUGAGAAGGGAGAAAAAGGAAGGUGGAAAACUCAUUUCAUCAGUGGAUUCUUUUGAUUUUACUGUUACUCGCGAAGAAGAUGUAGAAAUUGUCAUCAAGGAUAGUGAUGGCUGGAAGCUGGAGAAUGGUUGCCCAACGAAAAUCAGCUAUGCAUCAGUCAAGAACUCUUUCUGUACAACUCCCAGAUGCAACCUGGUAUUUAGCUCUGCAUCCACUAAAAAGAAAAGCAGCUUCUUUUCCAUUAUUGUUUUGACUCAGGCAUCCUCUCAGACUUUCAUGUAUGCACGCACUGCUAUCAAGGAGGAUCCAUUCUGUUGUGCAAAUCAGAGCUCGUUUCCAAAUGCUGUGAAUGAAGGAAAUCAAGUCACAAAUAUGGCAGAUAUCACUGUUGCAAACGGUGGAAUGGGAAAAGAACGAGACAUCACAGACUGCAUUAUUCAGUUGCAAACUUGACACUGAACCCGAUAGUCAUUAGCAAUGGUGGGCUCCAAUACGUGAACUUUAGCCUUCAGGGAAUAUGGCAGAUAUCACUGAUGCAAAUAGUGGAAAGGGAAAAGAAUAGGACAUCACGGACUGCAUUAUUCAAUUGCAAACUUGAUACUGAACCCGAUAGUCAUCAUAAAUGAUGAGUUUCAAUACGUGAACUCUAGCCCUCAUGAACUGGACGUGUUACAUUGAGUAUAUGUUUGUUCUAAUUUGAUAAACUAAAUAAAAACUUCAAACUUAGAUAAAGGAAAAGUUAUUGAAAAUCGGAAAAUGAAUAGUUUAACGAUAAAAGGGUGUGUUAGGAGAUUUUAAGAUCUGAAACCCCCUCGCCGGCAGAUGAAACUUUCACUAAGUUUCUCUAACUGAAAUCUUUUAUUUCAUUAGCAGAAGAUUUCAUCAAAACUGUAGAGGAUAUGGAUUAUUAAGGCCUGUAUAAAGGAUAUCAGAGGUUAUAUACCUUAAACUAUUGAAUUUUAGCAAAGUAGUAGCGCUCACCUGUAUAACUAAUGUAUUAUUAUAAACACAAAGUAGUGUUCCCUGUGAAAAGCCAGAUGUGAUAAAGUAAUGUGCUGAAUGGCGAGAGCAACGAUAAUAAAAAGUAUUCAUCCACAAUGAGAA